ACUAUAAUGGCACAGAUACAAUGAUGAGUCCUCUAUCUAUCUCUAUGGUGUGAUAUGAUUUUCUAGUAAGGAACGAUUUAGAGUUUGCACUUCCGGGAGUCAGCUUGUGUUUACAUCAUUUUGCAAUGAGUUUUGAGUGGCCCUGGCAAUAUAAUUUUCCUCCGUUUUUUACGUUACAGCCCAAUGUUGACACCAGACAGAAACAGCUAGCAGCUUGGUGCUCCCUCGCACUGUCCUACUGCCGCCAUCACAAGCUCUACACUCUGGACAUCAUGGAAGCCCAAGAGAGCCCUGUGUUCAACCACAAGAAUAUUGAUAGAAAACUAUCAAUGGAGGCCAUACUAAUUGUUUUUGAGGAAUUGAGGAAAAAAGGGAACCUGGAAUGGUUAGACAAGAACAAGACGCGGUGUCUAGUCAUGUGGAGGAGGCCAGAAGAAUGGGGGAAACUGAUUUACCAGUGGGUCUCUAAAAAUGGUAUGAUCAAUACAGUGUUUACACUCUACGAGCUCGCCAACGGUGAUGACACAGAAAGCGAAGAAUUCCAUGGGCUGGAAGACUGGAUGCUGAUUCGUUCGCUGCAGGCCCUGCAAAUGGACGGCAAGGCAGAGGUCAUCUCCAUGGACGACGGGAAGGGGGUCAAGUUCUUCUGAAGAGACAUUGCAUUGUGGGAUUGAACAAGUGCUCAACUGGGAACCUUCAUCCUUAUUGGCUGUGAGAGUACUGCUUGCCUGGACCCAGAUCGGUUUGUGCUGUCCUGCCAACUCCCUGUGGUCAUUGGCAUGACAAAGGAGGUGCAAGACAGUGCAAACAGAUCUGGGACCAGGUUAAUGAGGGUUGCGCUGUUUAAAAGGCUAUUAUUUGUACCUCAGCACCCAAGCUACGUGGUUGAUGAUAAUAAUAGUCAUUAUUUGGUUUAGGUAGUUGCCUUAUUUGGUUCACCUAAGUUUAAAGCAUUUUCUUACUGGAAGGGAACCAAUCUCGCUAGUAAAUUCCAUCUGCAGGAGCAGUUUAGGAGGUGACUUUAUUUAGACUUCUGUGGUAGUCACCUGGGAUGUUUGAUGUGGGACUUUCCCCACAAUCUGUGUCUUUCCCUUACUAUUUUCUUCUGUUUUGUAUUUAUAACUUGUUUUUAUUCUUAACUUCCUGAUUAUUAACAAAUCUACUUGCAGCGAUUAGGUGUGGUUGUGGUAUGGACUUCUGCUGUAUUGCUGUUCUUCUUUACCUCCAAAAAUCCUCAAGAAAUCCCAGUCAAGACACCCUGGAGACAUUUGGGGAGUUUUAAAACCUCCCAGGAAGAGGACACACAUGGGAGUAUUAGAAUCCUGAUUUAGUUCAGCUGUAAUAAUGGUGCUGGAUGUCUCAUGUACAGACUGACUGCUGUAAACCCUUAGUACAUAACCUAUGACACUCCUGUACACUGUCUCUGUAUUCAUCCUUUUUUUUUACCAAUGGAAUCCUGUAAGAAAAUAAAUAGGAGAGAAAUGUUGUCCUACAGUUAUGAAUGAGGACAAUUCUGUA